AUGGAUAACACCACCACAAUCAAAGAUGGAAUGAAUCACUCCAAUGCUUCCCAGAGAACAACAGCGACGUCAUAUAAUGCUUCCCAGAGAACAACAACUACGUCAUAUAAUGCUUCCCAGAGAACAACAACGACGUCAUAUAAUGCUUCCCAGAGAACAACAACUACGUCAUAUAAUGCUUCCCAGAGAACAACAACUACGUCAUAUAAUGCUUCCCAGAGAGCAACAACUACGUCAUAUAAUGCUUCCCAGAGAACAACAACGACGUCAUAUAAUGCUUCCCAGAGAGCAACAACUACGUCAUAUAAUGCUUCCCAGAGAACAACAACUACGUCAUAUAAUGCUUCCCAGAGAACAACGAAUACGUCAUAUAAUGCUUCCCAGAGAACAACGACUACGUCAUAUAAUGCUUCCCAGAGAACAACAACGACGUCAUAUAAUGCUUCCCAGAGAACAACAACUACGUCAUAUAAUGCUUCCCAGAGAACAACAACUACGUCAUAUAAUGCUUCCCAGAGAACAACAACUACGUCAUAUAAUGCUUCCCAGAGAACAACAACGACGUCAUAUAAUGCUUCCCAGAGAGCAACAACUACGUCAUAUAAUGCUUCCCAGAGAGCAACAACUACGCCAUAUAUAUUUUUUCUUCAUGUAGUUCAUAUCAGCGUAAGAUAUCAAUAA